ACGCUGUGGAUUAGUUGCCCAGCUUGCUCUUUCUCCCCCAGAUCUGCUCGGCCAGCUUGCAGCAGCAGCAGCUCUGCUCUCCCCGCCGGCCGCCGUCACUUUGGCCGGCCAUCCACCACCCACCGUACCGUCUCCAGCCGCCACUACUUGGCGUCCGGAGUGGAUCCCCUCUCCGCUCUGGCUCUCCUGAGUGGCUUCAGCUGCAAACAACCAAGAAGAGAAGAGAUAGAUCCCAUCCCACUGCCUGCCUUGUUGAAUCCUCUCGGCUCUCACUGCAACUGCAACUGCAACGCAAGGAAGGAAGCCAUGGCGGCUGUCCUUGAUGCUUUGGCAGCCCGUGUGAUGAACAACAUCAUGGACAUGGGAGAAGAGAAGAUUCGCAUGCUGCUUGGCGUCUCCCACGAGAUCAACAAGCUGCAAGGCAACGUGGAACCCCUCCGGAACCUCCUCACCAAUGCCGAGAGGAGGCGAAUCACCGACAAGAGCGUGCAGGCGUGGGUGACCAAGCUCAAGGAUGCCAUGUACGAGGCCGAAGACAUCCUUGAUCUCUGCCACCUCGAGGCCAUGGACCGAGAGGAGAAGCAGCACUCCACCGGCUUAUGCCUCCGGCUCCAGGAGAAGCUGCCAUUUCUGGGCUGCGUGGGGGAGAAGCUGCAGGGUAUCCUCCAGCCAUUUCUCUUCUUCGUGCAAAACCCGGGAUUUGCCAACCAGGUAGGAAGCCGCAUCAAGAAUCUCAACGAUCAGCUGCUCACCAUCCGCAACGGUGGCGUCGCUGACUUCAACUUCAUUGACCUCGGCUCCUACGAGGAGCGGAGGAGGUCGUUGACCAAUUCUGCACACCCCAGGCGUGAGAGCGCACAGUUCGUCCAUUCAGAUCUUGUUGGGGAUCAGAUCAAGGAGAAUACAGAGGAACUGGAGCAUAAGCUGAUCGCCGAUGGCCGUAACGAGCAUGGUAGCAGUGUCCUCAGGGUGGUGGCCAUCGUUGGCCAGGGUGGCAUAGGCAAGAGCACCCUGGCGAAGAAGGUCUUCGCAAGCAAGGCCAUCAAGGAGGAGUUCCAAAUCAAGAUAUGGCUGAGCAUCACUCAGCAGUUCACCAAGGUGGACCUACUAAGGGCCGCCAUCUCCCAAGCCGGGGGUGAGCACAGUGAGAACAAGGAUGAGACCAUCCUCGUGCAGGACCUCACCGACGCCAUAUCGAAGAAAAAGUUUCUGUUGGUCAUGGAUGAUGUGUGGAACCAAGAAGCAUGGAACCACGUGCUCCGCACCCCCGUUCUUAAUGCCGCCGAUACACAACCAGGAAGCCGAGUCUUGGUUACCUCAAGAAAGGUUGAUGUCGUUCGGAGCAUGGGAGCUUCCAUCCUGCGUGUCAACAAACUAGAUGAUGAAGAUUCUUGGUGUUUGCUAAAGAAACAGCUGCCACAGCCACAGGUUGGUGUUGGAAGAGAUUUUGAUGAUCUGAAAGAUAUUGGGAUGAAGAUUGUAAAAAAAUGUGAUGGGUUACCACUUGCUAUUAAAGUGAUGGGUGGACUCUUAAGCAGAAAAGAUCCUAAGGAACGUGACUGGGAAAUUAUUUUGCACAAGAAUCUUGGCUGGAAAGAGGACGACAUGUCACAAGAGGAACUAAAUUACUCAGUAAGCUUGAGCUACGAUGAUUUAUCCCCCGAUUUGAAGCAAUGCUUUCUCUAUUACUCACUUUUGCCAAAGGGUUCACGUUUUGGGAAGGAUGGAGUUAUUAGCUUGUGGAUUAGUGAAGGGUUUGUUCAAGAUGGUGAGAGGUCGGGGUCAGACCAACUUGAUCUAGAAGAAAGAGGGCAUGGGUAUCAUCGGGAGUUGGAGGAUAGGAAUCUUUUGGAGCCUGAUGAUUCAGAUAAUAACAUAUGGGAGUACACCCUGCAUGAUGUUGUCCGCUCGUUUGCUCAAUUUAUGGCUAAAGAAGAAGCUUUCGUGGUUCAAAAGGAUCAAGCAGACAUUAGAAAUCUUCUUCCAGAAAACAAAUACUUUUGUCGUCUCUCAAUAAAAGCAACUCAUGCAAAACUAGACUGGACCAUCCUAGAGAAGCAAGAAAGAUUGAGGACAUUAUUACUAAUAGACUGUGAGAUUGAACCUGGUGGUUCAUUGGCAAAUUUUGCUAAUCUGCGGGUACUGGAUAUAAGCUCCAAGGAAUCUGAUUGGUUAGUGGACUCUUUGGGGGAGCUAAGACACCUAAGACACUUGUCAUUCUCUAAUACAAACAUAUCUAGGCUUCCAGAUGACAUCCAUAAGUUGAGGUUCCUUCAGCACAUUCAUCUCAGGAAUUGUACAAAGUUGGAAAAGCUUCCUGACAACAUCACAAAACUAGCGUGUUUAAGAUAUCUUAACUUAGAUGGGUCCAAUGUAGAUGUUAUACCAAGAGGGUUUGGUGGCUUAACAAAUUUGAGAACCCUUGCUGGGUUUCCAGUGAAGAUGGAUGGGGAGUGGUGCACUUUAGAAGAGUUGGAGGCUCUUCCACAUCUUAGAUGCCUUGAAGUCCAAGGCCUAGAAAAUGUGCCUGGUAGUUCAGUUGCUAAAAGGGCCCAGAUUAGCAACAAGGAGAAUCUAGAAUAUUUGGAGUUAAAUUUCUACAAGGAUGAGAAAGAGGAGGAAGAUCAAGUGCACCAAAUUGGGGUGGAGCAACAAGAGAGAAUAGAGUCUGUAGUUGAUGAGCUCUGCCCUUCACCUGCUAGAUUGGAGACUCUAGGAAUAGUAAGAUAUUUUGGUGGUCGACUACCAAAUUGGUUGCAGUCCCCAGCGGCAACAACCUUUAAGAGCUUGAAGCAUAUUGGCCUAGAGCACAUAACCCACUGCACCCGACUACCCGAUGGUUUGUGCAGGAUCCGCAGUUUGGAAAGACUAGGGAUCGAGCAUGCUCCAGCCAUCGAGCAUGUCGGGCCUGACUUCCAGACCCAUGAAGAUGCCGCAAGGGAAGUCGCAUUCCCAAGUCUGAGAAGAUUGGUGUUGGAUGGGCUGUCGGGAUGGAAGGAGUGGGAGUGGGAGGCGGAGGAGGAGCAGAGCAAAGUCAUCGCCAUGCCAGCUCUGGAGCAUCUAGGAAUCGGGGACUGCAAGCUGACACACCUUCCCCGAGGACUUGCUAGUGGCCGCAGGCAUAAUCUGAGAAUCCUUGAGCUAGAGAAGCUCCCGCUCCUAGAAUAUGUGGAGAAUUUCCCUUCGGUUGUGGAGCUGAAUGUGUACUGCUGCCCCGAGCUCAAGAGGAUCAGCGGCCUGUCCAAGCUGCGGACGGUGGACAUCUGCGAUUGCCCGAAGCUGAAGCUGCUGGAGGGUGUGUCGGUGCUGGACAGCCUGGAGCUGGAUGAGGAACACUGGGAGGUUAGUGGAGCAGAUGCGAGGUGCACACCCAAGAGCAAGGGAUAUCAACAAGGUGAAGACCAAGUGUCGCGUGAGCUCCCACUUCUGCUUCGUUUUCUUGGUGAAAACUGGCUUAUAAAUGGCCGGACGUGA